GCUAUCUACCAAAUAUCUCCACGGUCUGAGCAAGUGCGAAAACUAGGAGGGGUGCUCUUGCUCUUGCUCCUCCCCUGCGCAAUCCUAGUGGAUGAGCUGACAAAGUUACCAGAAAGAAAAAAGAGAGGAUCCAUGAAAAUGGUUCUUCUCUCUCCUUCUCCUUCUCUCUUCACAACCAACCACCCUUUUCUUCCACACCACCUCUGUUUCAGAAACCAGACCAGAACUACGCUCGACCACAAGAAAUGUAGAAUACGCGAGAAACUACAGAUUUGUGCGUGUGAUACUUCUGAAUCCACUACGGAAAAUGGGUUCUCCAGACGGGAUUUGGUGCUCUUCGGCCUCUCUUAUUCAUUAUCUUUAGUUUUCCCGUCUCUAGGUUCUCAUGCAGAGGAGGAGUUGAAAAUGGUUUCACUGGUCGAUGAUAUAAAUUCUUAUUCUUAUUUGUACCCAGUUGAGUUGCCAUCUAAAAAUUUCCUCUUCAAAUGGGUGGAAUCUAGGAAGCCAGAACGCUAUUCGUCAGCUGCACCACUAUCUCCUGAUGCCCGCCUACGCAUUGUGUCAGAGCGUGUUGACAUUAUUGAUAACCUCAUCAUAUCUGUCUCGAUAGGUCCCCCAAAUUCACAGUUUAUAAAAACGAAGGACAAGAGGACAUGGACUGCAAAAGACGUUGCUGACUCUGUUUUGUCAGACAAGUCUGCCUUGCGAGUCACCUCAAGUCAGCGCAUGGCUGAGAGCUCAGUUCUUGAUGCACAUUCUAGUGAAAUUGAUGGGGAGCCAUACUGGUACUAUGACUACCUUGUUCGCAAAUCGCCUACCAAAAUUGCUCAAGAACCAAAUCUUUAUCGACGUUAUGUUGCGUCAACAGCUGAACGAGAUGGUUAUUUGUAUUCUCUAAAUGCUUCAACCCUUAGCAAGCAGUGGAAUAAGAUGGGGCCUUUCUUGGAGAAAACAGUGGCAUCUUUUCGCCUUAAUCCUCCCACAGAAAACUAUGUACCUCCUUACAAGGAUCCGUGGAGAUUUUGGUGAACUAUUUUAUAAUUUUGAUUGAUAUAAACUUUUGAUCAUUGAUAUUUUGGUUGAUGUUCAUUCUUUCGUCACUUUAAUUUAUGGUCUCUAAAUUUCGUUUCUAAA